AUAUAUAAAAUUCUUGGUUAAAACAGUUUAACUGAUCAUGCGCAAUGCUAUGCGCAAUGAUUGGGAAAACCUUAACCCAUCAGUAUCCUUUCUGAACCUUGCGCUUUUCUGCAUUAUAAACGGUUUUAGAGUUUGAACUACUACACAUCAAGUUAGAAUAGCUUUUUUAAAGUCAAGGAAUGGAGAUCAAUUAUAAGAAUCGUUUGGUGUAUGGAACUUAUCUCAUGCUGUGGACUGUUUUACUUAACACUGUGUUUUCUGACAUGACGACUGUCGCCUGUCCCGCUCCCUGUACGUGCAGACCGGCGAGUUCGUGUACGGGGACGGAUGUGUAUUGUAAUAACAAAGGAUUAAAGGAGGUCCCGACAGGCAUACCCAAGGAUACGUGUUAUCUGAACUUAUAUAAUAAUCAGAUAUCAAGGAUCGACAACAACACCUUUAAAGGGCUACCACAGUUGGAGUAUCUGGACUUAGAUGGUAAUCAGAUAUCAAAGAUCGACAACAACACCUUUAAAGGGCUACCACAGUUGGAGACACUGGGCCUAAAUAAUAAUCAGAUAACAAGGAUCGACAACGACGCCUUUGCCGGGCUAUCUCAGCUGAACACACUGAAUCUAUAUACGAAUCAGAUAACAACGAUCGACAACAACGCCUUUGCCGGGCUAUCUCAGCUGAACACACUGCUUCUAAAUUACAAUCAGAUAACAACGAUCGACAACAACGCCUUUGCCGGGCUAUCUCAGCUGAAGUACCUGUAUCUACAUUUCAAUCAGAUAACAACGAUCGACAACAACGCCUUUGCCGGACUAUCUCAGCUGAAGUACCUGUAUCUAAGUAGUAAUCAGAUAACAACGAUCGACAACAACGCCUUUGCCGGACUAUCUCAGCUGAAGUACCUGUAUCUAUAUAGUAAUCAGAUAACAACGAUCGACAACAACGCCUUUGCCGGGCUAUCUCAGCUGAACAAACUGUAUAUUGAGGGAAAUCCUCUUAAAUGUGACUGUGAUUUACGACACUUUGCGAUGUUUAUGCAAAGAAAGGGGAUUCAUCUUGAUCAACCGAAAUGCAGUUCCCCUGACCAUUUUAGAGGAAUGGAAAUCAUUAACGUUCCUUAUCACAAUAUGAGCUGUGACUCAACAUCUGAAACCACACUUGCCUCAACCAAGACGCCAUUCCAAGAGAUUUCACGACAAAGAGUCCUCUCGACAGCAAAAAUCAGGAAUGCCCCAGUCACUACUGAAACCACACUUGCCUCAACCAAGACGCCAUUCCAAGAGAUUACACGACAAAGAGUCCUCUCAACAGCAAAAAUCAGGGAUGCCCCAGUCACUACUGAACCAGCGGUUUACCUUCCGAAGACAACGGACGAAGCCCUUACACGACAGAUAUUGAAGUCAACACCGGUGAUUGGAGACCAUCAUACCACAGAACCAGCGGUUAUUCCUCCAAAGAAAAUGGACGAUGCCCCUACACAACAGCUACUCAAGUCAACACCGGUGACUAGAGAACAGCAUAUCAAAGGUAAAAGCAGAUAAAUGUAAGCUUAAACUCGUAUAAUAAUAGUAAUAUAUAAUAGUAUAAUAAUAUCUAGGAGACUUUAUAUUCUAUUUUAUAUUAUUUUUGAUUUUUUAUUGUCUUAAAGAAGAAAAUUAUAGAAUUUGGGAUAAAAUGAAAUAAUACCCAUUCAAUUGAAUUUUUAGAAAGUUUAAUGCCCCUAAAAAAAGGUAAAACGUUAAAAACACCUCCAACUAAUGACAACUGUUACUGUUGUAAUGAUGUAUUUAAUGAUCCUGAGAAAAAUAGGGCGGCCAUUUGAAAUCAAGGCUGAUUUAUCUAAUACCUCUGGACAAAGUAAGACCGUCAUUUCUGAAAGCAAGUAUAUAAUGUGUUUUUUUACUAUGUUGAUCCACAACUUCUUAUUUCUAUAAUAACAUACACAAACUCAUUAAAACAUUGCAUGAUGUAAAACAUGUUUUACAUUUACAUUACAUUUAAACACAACAAAACCUGAUUUUAUUUAUAAUAAGUUUGCUUUUACAUUCACGGAAUUUUUUUCGCGCAACAUUUUUGCUGAACCGCUACAGAUGAUAUCAGAAACGAGUUUGACGGAGGCAAAAAUCGACAAAAAGCACCAAAGCAAGACAAGGUUAUAUUUAUGGACAAUGUUACAUGUUUAACGUAAAUCAAGGUAAAAAAAAUCAAUAUAAUAUUACUGAAAUAUUUUACAUUUUAUUGGUCGAAAUUUUAAUAUCCUGUUAAGAGAGUUAACGUGAAACAGAUAACGUUUUCCUGUUGCUUUUUCAAUAAUGAGCUAUACAAAGUAACCCUUUUCUUUAAAAAAUCUCAUAACUAAAAACUGUUGUCUUAUUAUCAUACGGGCAUUAAGAACAUAAUUUUAUCAUCCAAAGUAUACAAAGGUAAACACAUUAUGAGAAACAAGUUAAAUGUAGCAAUUGUUCGUUCAUUGUUUAAAAAUAAUAAAUUGGCGAAAUUUCCUUUUUGAAGAUGAUCCCUACCGCUGGAGCGAGAUUUCUUAGUGGUCACCUAAAACAUUAAAGUGGUUUUAGAGUUGGUACUUACUGCCGUUCUUUACACUGGUGUGGGGUGGCCGGCAGACGGAUGUCAUCUUUCUACGUCUUCACACUGGGCGAUCACAGCUUCUACCUACAAGAUGUUAUAAUUUGUUAAAAUGUUUACUUACAUCAAUCAGUAUAAUAUUGUUGAUGCAGCCUUGAUCAUAUCGCAUUCAACCACUACUCCGUAUCAAUGUAAUGAUUAUAUAUUAUAUCUAAAAUAAUUAACCAAAGAGCUCUCACAAAUUGCAUAUGUGUUGUUUUAAAGUCGUAUAAAAUGAUAGCUACAUGUAUUUUCUUGUAUGGUGUGGGUAGAAACAGAGAGAAAAUUAUGUCUAUUUUGCUUAAUUGAUAUUUUUAUGCAUCUUUGCAUUUAACUAAAAUAUAAUUAUAGAUAUGUUAAAAGUUGUAUUUUUCAUUAAUAAUUAAUAGUACUUAAGCAAGUAUUGAUAUUGUUAAGUCGUACCAUACUAUUGGCAAAUCUAACUUUUUAUUUUAUUUUUCAGCAUACCACUAUUGUUCAACAAAUAUUCAUUUCCAAAAUCAGAACUGCUUGGACCAUCUUUUACCACACCGACGACUGUUUGACAAGGAUAAGGAUAACAAAUUCCUACAAUUUUCACUUUUUAGCCAUUUUAUGUUGGCAUGAUUUAUUGAAUUAUUUGUUAAACACGCUUUAAAAUUUAAAAUAGUAAUUACUGUGGAAUCAUUAGAUUUCGUGGUGGCUCAAUUUUCGUGGAAUUCGAUGGUACCUCUCAUCCACGAAAAAACAUCCUCCACGAAUUGAUAAAUUAGGGUAAUAAAGUCAUAUUUCCGUUUGUUGAUGUAUAAGAAUACACGAAAUUACAACAACACGAACCUGUAAGAUUAUAGCCAUCCACGAAAAUUGGUCCCCACGAAAUUUAAUGAUUCCACAGUAAACUGCCUCUAUCCAGAUUUUUUCUAUGAUUUGAGCAAUUGUAAUUUUAAUCUCAAGUGUGUUUCAGGUGACCAUCGUUAGAAUGAAAUACACAGUGUGUGAUUAUGAUCAAAUUCGGAGGAUAACUUGUGCAGAAAAUGAAAAUAAAACAACAAAUGUACACCGUGGCAACGCACCAACGGCUGUUAUGGGCAUAGUUUGGGAGUUUUGUGAUUUUAGCAUCUGCACCAGAUUUGACCUUAACCAUCCGGAUCUAUUUCAACCACCCGGAUUCCUCAGCUUCAGGAAAUGAAGACGAUGGGGCAUUUCCUCCCUUUUAUUCCCAUUUGAGCAGUAACGAACUCUCUAAUUUGUCUUUGCGCAAAGUCACCCUUAUAUCACCUGUUUAAACCAGCUGAUUUUUAUCUAACUCUGUAGUGAUGAAAACUGAAGUAGCGAGCCUUACCUCAAGUUGCAACCCCAGACCUGGGCCAUAAACACUUCAGAGUCGAUUCCUUGAAAUUGCAGCAAUGUUCAAGACACACCCAAAACACACCUAAGUCUCACCGAAGACACACCUAACACUUACCGACGACACACCCAAGAAUCACACAUUCCGACCAUCUGAGCAAUUAAAAUACCUGCUUGAACGGAUUGACGCGAAGACGCUCAAUAAACGCUUCAUCCUCUUUUAUAUCGAGCUUGUUUAUCCACCCAAAUACGCUACCACCAAGCUUGUCACGAUAAAACGGAAACUGUUACUCUAUACAAAUUUUCUUGAUUCUGUAAAGUAAUACACUAUCUUGACAAUGAUUUGUUAGCAGUUGUUGAUUGUAUGGUAGUUAAGAUAUGUGUCAAACCAUUAGGUAAUAAUGUGUUAAUCUCUUACGCGUUAUAUUUAUUGAUUCAAACUAUUUACCAUCCAUUCUGUAACUGUUGGAUUAGAUUUGUAAUUUUAAUGCUAAAAAUCAUAUUUUGAAUUAUUGUUUAUGGUACUGCUGAUUAAUAAUAUCAAGUAAUUGUUUUGAAUACAACACAGUUGAACUUCGAUAUGUUGAAAUCUAAUAUCUGGAAUACAAUGGAUAUAUCAAAAUGAUUUAUAAGUCCCAAUUACUUAUUUCUAAAGUAUUUUACCGACAAUAUCUCAAAUAUAAGAUAUCUCGAAGUUUUAAACAGUCCCAUUUACUUCGAGAUAGCGAAGUUUGACUGUAAUUCUAUAUUGUUUCUACAGACAAUAUAUUUAUCAUGUUUAAGUUGCAUUUCUAUGGAUUGCAAAGUAUUGUUUUUAUAAGGCUAUUUGAAUACACCUUUUAAAGCAAAAAGGUUUGUUGUCUUGUACAAAUUAUGUAUGCUUUUGAUUAAAUGUUUCUUUCAUAAUGUGGAGAAAUGUCAUAAAACAAUUUUUGUAGAUUUGAUUAAGUAUUCAAAAACAACACAGCUUGCAAUGAUUUGAAGACGGUUAAACUAUACUCUUUGAUAUAGUUGGUCAGAUAAAACGCACUUAAAGGAUAUAAGGUUAUCUUGUAUCAUGCGAUUGCGAAUUUGAUCACGCACAUGCGAUAUUUUAAAUGAAAAACUUGUAGAUAUUAUUUUACAGGUAUAUUAAGAUUAGUUAAUUUACAUUGCUCUUUGCCUUUUACUACAGAAAGUUCAUCAAAAAAAAAAACCGUCUCAAUCUUAUAAAUACAUUUUUUCUUUCAUACAAAAUUGCAUAUUUUUUUUUUUUGAAUUAAUAAACUGUAUUACUGCAAGUUGUUUGUUACUUUUGUGGAAGGCAUGGUCACAAUUUUAACUUGAAUAUCAUAUUAUCUUUUCCCAUCUUUAAUGUAUGGACCACUUUAUUAAAAGUUAUUGGCCAAAUUUGAAUACUUAUAUCAAAGUAAAAAUGUGAUGAAAAGGCUCUUAAAAAAAAAAUAACCAAAAUGUUUUAACGUCAAUUGUUAAGUUCACAAAGGUAUUAGUAAGUUUCACAUGUACAAAGAAAACAAAGAAUAACAGUAAAAUAAUGAUGUUCAUUUUAGUGGGCCAUUUUAGGCCCAUAUCUUAUAUAGUCCUUCUGAUCCUCUUUUCAAAUAUGAAGACUGCUUAUUUUUUCAAAAAUUAAAAUUCUCCCAGCUCUGCCUAAUCUGUAAACGAAACCAUUAUGGGGGUGUUUAAUUCUUAAAAUAAAUUUUAAAUGAUGUACCUCGCUUGUUACUCGACAUUUAACAUUUAAAUUGUGAUCAAAUAUCUUUGAGACAAAAACCGUAAAUCUGUUGUUUUUUAUCAUCUGAAAUUGUUACCAUACCCAUUUAAGACGUAAUCAAAUAGUUGUUUAAGCUCAUGUAAGUUUUUCUUAUCAAAAUAUGACUGACGUCUGCUGCCAUUGCCAAUGUUAAAAAUGUCAAAUAUAUUUUGCAAGUUUGGUUUAAUAAUCCGUAGGUCCAAAGGGUUCGGCAUGGUUAUCAUAAAAAAAGUGUAGAUAUAUUAGAGGAAUGAAUCGCUGUUUUGAAAAAAGUGUAAACUGUUCAAAACCAUUUUGUAUCUUACAAAACUAAUAAAUAUUGAAUUCAGUGCUUACCGAUUGAUUUUUUGCCAUUGAUUGUAGAUAAAAGCGGUCAUUUGACCUUUAAAAUGACAUCACAUUGUACAAAGCAAUAUAGAUUUCAUUCAUUUGGUUCAUCAUUCACCUUUAUGCAGUAAAUGCAAGAUGUUAUUGCAAAAAUUAGUAACCACUUUUCCCACCAAGAAAAACUACAUUUUAGGAGGGCAUCGCCUUAUGAACAUUUGAUUUUUCAGGGGGAUUAAAUCUUCAAAUACCCCAGACAUUCAUUCAGUAAAUUGCUUAUAAUACCGUACGACAUUCGAGUAUUCAAUAUACGCCAAGUUUUAAGAGAUGUGUAUUCUUGAAUAGGAAAAGCGCCAUGAAUGUUUGAUUUUCUAUGUAAAUAUAAUCUCUUUCAUAUUUUGACACGAAUUUUUGUUUGACCUGUUCCGUGAACGUCAGUACAAAGAUAUAAUUUGGAUUACGAGUACCAACUUAUUAAGCAAUGUUUUCUUUUCUAUUUCAAAUCAAAGUACUGAAGUAUUGAAAGCCGGGCUCUUUUGAAGUAUCUUAAUGCAUAUUGAGUAGUAAAGGCUGAACUCUCUCUCUCUCUCUCUCUCUCUCUCUCUCUCUCUCUCUCUCUCUCUCUCUCUCUCUCUCUCUCUCUCUCUCUCUCUCUCAUGCUUUUAAUGUCGGCAAAGCGUCAAUGAGCGACUAAAUUUUGUUAGCGGCUAUAAACAAAAAUAUGUCUGUCUAGUAGACAAAAAUUCAACAGUUGCUGCCUUGAAUUUGCAAGAAGUGAAUAUAUUCAAUCCCCAUUUCUUCAACGCGCAGCAACGUAGGUCAUUGAAAUGCAUGCGCAUUGUAAGUAGCAAAAUUGCAUUGUCUUGUUUUUAAAACACGUUAUUUUAAAUUAAGAAAACAAAAAAAGAUAGACAAUUCUCUCGAACUUAAAAAAAUUAAAAAAACAAAAACAAAAUACAAAUACUUUUGACAAAACUUGGCUCUUUGUGUAACUAUUUGGUAUAGCGGAAGUUUUUACUUUGACGCUUUUUUUCUUCAUACUUUUGAAGUUGUGCUAUUUAUAGUAACAUUUACGAUUUGCCUGCCUACAGCCAGGACUCUGCUUUCAACAGAGCCCGGCUAAAAUUGGAAUUCAUUAAUGCGGUCAAGUGAAAAAUAUAUUCAUAAAAAUGCUUGGUAUGAAUAAUUUAUCUUGUAGAAUUUGUUAUGACACCAAUUAAAUAAGAUAAUACCAAAAUUUAACAAAAGUUAGGUUCAUUAAUCAAAACUUGAAAUUGUUGAUCAGAUGAGCGGUAUGGCUUUUAUGCUUCAUGUUUCCUAAUUGUAUACAUUAUAAAAAUAUGUAAAUUAUUUAAUUGCAAAAUCAGACAUUUUUUUAAGUUCAUAGUUUAUAUGUUAUAGAUAACCUUUUGAUUCUAAUGUUGAUAGCAAAUAAGGUAAAAUGAAAUAUGUUGGUGAGCUUUGCAAUUUUUGCUUAAAAUCUUGUUUUGAAUUUUUUUUUGUAGUAUUCCGGGCUAUUUAUAUAUUGUAUUAUUGUUUUGAAUAUAUCAGUUCUGAAAUAUUUCUCAUUGAUUUGUGAUUUCUCAUUUUUUUUAUGUAACGAACGUUUUACAGACAAUCUAUUUAACAUGUAAACAUGUCUACAUUUCAAUGGAACAUAAACAAUUUAGAUUAUCUAUUGUAGAAUAAAGAACAUCAUUAAUGAUUUUCAUUAAAACGUUGUUUUCCAUCUGAACUGCAAACAAGUUGUUGUUUGUUUUUUUUGGUACAAUUUAGCCAAUUAAAUCAAAAAUAAGUUUGAUAUUGGUGUUUGUUUAUAAAGGACGUUUUGUACAAUAAACUGUGAUUGU